AUGGUGAGGGGGGGAGGGAGCGGGGUCAGCGACGGCGGGCGGGAGGCAGCGGGGUCAGCGACGGCGGGAGGGAGCGGGGUCAGCGACGGCGGGGCGGGCGGGAGGGAGGGAGCGGGGUCAGCGACGGCGGGGCGGGCGGGAGGGAGGGAGCGGGGUCAGCGACGGCGGGGCGGGCGGGCGGGCGGGAGGGAGGGAGCGGGGUCAGCGACGGCGGGGCGGGCGGGAGGGAGGGAGCGGGGUCAGCGACGGCGGGGCGGGCGGGAGGGAGGGAGCGGGGUCAGCGACGGCGGGGCGGGCGGGAGGGAGGGAGCGGGGUCAGCGACGGCGGGGCGGGCGGGAGGGAGGGAGCGGGGUCAGCGACGGCGGGGCGGGCGGGAGGGAGGGAGCGGGGUCAGCGACGGCGGGGCGGGCGGGCGGGAGGGAGCGGGGUCAGCGACGGCGGGGCGGGCGGGCGGGAGGGAGCGGGGUCAGCGACGGCGGGGCGGGCGGGCGGGAGGGAGGGAGCGGGGUCAGCGACAGCGGGGUCAGCGACGGCGGGGCGGGCGGGAGGGAGCGGGGUCAGCGACGGCGGGGCGGGCGGGAGGGAGGGAGCGGGGUCAGCGACGGCGGGGCGGGCGGGAGCGGGGUCAGCGACGGCGGGGCGGGCGGGAGGGAGCGGGGUCAGCGACGGCGGGGCGGGCGGGAGGGAGGGAGCGGGGUCAGCGACGGCGGGGCGGGCGGGAGCGGGGUCAGCGACGGCGGGGCGGGCGGGCGGGAGGGAGGCAGCGGGGUCGGAGGCAGCGGGGUCAGCGAUGGCGGGGCGGGGCGGGAGGGAGCGGGGUCAGCGACGGCGGGGCGGGCGGGCGGGAGGGAGCGGGGUCAGCGACGGCGGGGCGGGCGGGCGGGAGGGAGCGGGGUCAGCCACGGCGGGGCGGGCGGGCGGGAGGGAGCGGGGUCAGCCACGGCGGGGCGGGCGGGCGGGAGGGAGCGGGGUCAGCCACGGCGGGGCGGGCGGGCGGGAGGGAGGGAGCGGGGUCAGCGACGGCGGGGCGGGGGGGGCGGGCGGGGCGGGCGGGAGCGGGGUCAGCGACGGCAGGGCGGGCGGGCGGGAGCGGGGUCAGCGACGGCGGGGUCAGCGACGGCGGGGCGGGCGGGAGGGAGCGGGGUCAGCGACGGCGGGGCGGGCGGGAGGGAGCGGGGUCAGCGACGGCGGGGCGGGCGGGCGGGAGCGGGGUCAGCGACGGCGGGGCGGGCGGGAGCGGGGUCAGCGACGGCGGGGCGGGCGGGCGGGCGAGAGCGGGGUCAGCGAUGGCGGGGCGGGCGGGCGAGAGCGGGGUCAGCGAUGGCGGGGCGGGCGGGCGAGAGCGGGGUCAGCGAUGGCGGGGCGGGCGGGCGGGAGCGGGGUCUGCGACGCUGCCAUACCAAGGUGUGAUGUAUCCAGAGAGAAUGCUUUCUGUGGUGCAUCGAUUAAAAAUUGGUAAUGGACAUGCCAUACAGCAGCGCCUCGACAUACGAUCGACCCCAUUCACGAACAAAUCGGUUUGCGAACGGGAUUGUACGUAA